GGAAAAUUAGCCUAGGGGGCACUUCCGAGCAAGCGACAGAGCCGAGAGAUUGCGAGGGCCAGGCAGCAAGAGACAAAGAGAAGGGAGGACAUGAGCAAGAGGAAAGGGAGAGGACAGGGGACCAGCUGAGCGCAACCGAGCGAGGGCAGCGCAGACAGGUCCCCCCGGCUGGCGAGAAGACAAAGAAGCAGCCAGCCCCAUGGGGAAAGGGGGGGAGAAAGGCGAGGAGUCGGGGGAGUGCAAGGCGCAGAUCCCCUUCUACACCUGGGAGGAGAUCCAGAAGCACAACCUGAGGACGGACAAGUGGCUGGUGAUAGAGCGCAAGGUGUACAAUGUCACCCAGUGGGCAAACAGGCACCCGGGGGGCCAACGAGUCAUCAGCCACUGCGCCGGGGAAGAUGCCACGGAUGCAUUCCAGGCCUUCCAUAUCAAUCCCACCUUGGUGCAAAAGUUUCUCAAGCCAUUACUUAUCGGAGAGCUUGCUCCAGGGGAACCCAGCCAAGACCGAGAUAAAAAUUCCCAACUGGUGGAGGAUUUCCGGACCCUGAGGAAGACAGCGGAGGACAUGAAUUUAUUCAGAGCAAGCCCUUUGUUCUUCUCUCUUUACUUGGCCCAUAUCAUUGCAAUGGAAGCUUUGGCUUGGCUAAUGGUUUCAUACUUCGGUACCGGGUGGAUCACAACUCUCCUCCUUGCGUUCAUCCUUGCAACUUCCCAGGCCCAGGCAGGGUGGCUGCAACAUGACUUUGGACACCUGUCUGUCUUCAAGAAGUCUUCCUGGAACCACCUCGUCCACAAGUUUGUGAUUGGGCACCUGAAGGGCGCCUCUGCAAACUGGUGGAACCACCGUCACUUCCAACACCAUGCCAAGCCCAACAUAUUCAAGAAAGACCCAGAUGUGAACAUGCUGCAUAUUUUUGUCCUUGGAGAUACACAGCCUGUUGAGUAUGGCAAGAAGAAGCUGAAGUACCUGCCUUACAACCACCAGCAUGAGUACUUCUUCCUCAUCUUCCCACCUCUGCUCAUCCCCGUGUAUUUCCAAAUCCAAAUCAUCUCAACCAUGAUCAAGCGCAGGUUCUGGGCGGACCUAGCCUGGGCCUUCAGCUACUACAUGCGCUAUUUCAUCACAUACAUCCCAUUCUAUGGCGUUCUGGGAUCCCUGUCUCUCCUCACUUUUGUCAGGUUUCUGGAGAGUCACUGGUUUGUGUGGGUCACCCAGAUGAAUCACAUUCCAAUGGAAAUUGAUUUUGAGAAACACAAAGAUUGGCUCAGCUCCCAGUUGGCAGCCACUUGCAACAUCGAGCAGUCCUUUUUCAACGACUGGUUCACUGGGCACCUGAAUUUUCAAAUUGAGCACCACCUGUUUCCGACAAUGCCACGGCACAAUUUCUGGAAAGUUAAACCUUUGGUGAAGUCAUUAUGUGCCAAGUACGGAGUCCAAUAUGAAGAGAAGCCUCUUGGAAAAGCAUUUGUAGACAUAAUUGGGUCCCUAAAGAAAUCUGGAGAUCUAUGGCUGGACGCUUACCUCCAUAAGUGAACAUGAAUCUUAAUGGGGGUGUGAGUGACUGGGAGGGCUAGGGUGGGUGGUGAAGGGGGGGGGGAAUCAUGUGUGUCAUUUACUGCUAGAUUUCAGUCUGUAUCUACGUGCACAGUUUGAGUGGAGUUUCCUGUCUUGUGAACUGCUACUGGUAGGAGCUCAGGCAACUUGUUAAACACAGACAGAUUUAAAACGUGCUCAGCCUAGUCUUCAGAGGAUGAGACCCAGUGCCUGUAUUGCACAAAAUGGAAGGCUGGGGUAGAACGGAGAGGGAGAUUUAAAAAGGGAGCAUUUAACAUCUGCCCUUCACCUUCUCUUCACUAGAGAUUCACUCUAGCUCUACCUAAAACAC